UAUAUAUAACCUAUAUAUAUUUUUGCCUGUAUAUAUAUGCGCACAAAGUAUAUGUAUUAGUGUACGCGAAAGAAAUAAGAUUUUCAACUAAAAAUAGUGCCUUUAUUUUCAAAAAAAAAAAAAAAAAUCAAAUUAUAAUUUCUAAUAACGACAACGCUAAUAAACGACGAUUUUUUUGCUAACUUUUCAAUCAAAUCAAUAUAUUAAUAAUAAUAUCAUUUCAAACACAUACACGCACGCAUGUUUGAGUUAAGAGUUUAAAGAUAAUUGUUAAAUACAAUAAUUAAUCGCAACGGCCAGGCCAAAGUAAUUGAUUAGUACCGUAUUGAAGGAAAUCGAAAGAUGACUUUCACGCGAUUAAAAACUCUGACAUUGCUCGUGUGUACAUUACUGGCACUGAGUUUUCCCGGAUAUGUGAAUUGCGCUAACAAGAAAGGAUCGCAGCCAGCGGCGGCGCCGCUUGAGCCAGAGGCCGUCAUCGAGGAGGUCAAUGCCAAGCAGUUGGAGAAGCUGUUGGCCGACAAGGAUUACGUUGCCGUCUUCUGGUAUGCGCGUAGCUGUGUGACCUGUGAUAAGGUUUUAGCGGAGCUCGAAAAAAUCGACGAUGACACCGAUUCAUUUGGUGUGGACUUUGUGAAAAUUAACGACAAACGACUAGCCAAACAAUAUGGCAUCAAGACCUUCCCGGCGCUCACCUAUUUCAGGGAAAAGGAGCCCAUCAUCUAUGAUGGUGAUCUCAUGGAUGAGGAGGGCGUGCUCGAUUUUCUAACCUCGCUCGAGGCCAUGGAUCUGCCCGAUCGCAUCGAGGAGGUAAACGCCAAGAUAUUGCUAAAGAUUAUCGAGGAUACCGAUUUUGUUGCCGUGCUAUUCUGUCCUGAUCAUGAAACAUGCCCACCCAGGGUAAUGGAUAAACAGCAAUGCCGCAAAUGCGCCAAGGCUUUGCAAGAAUUGGAGAAUAUCGACGAUGAGGCCGAUCAAUUGGGCAUCGGUUUUGUCAAAAUACACGACGAGGCAUUGGCCGAUGAAUACAACCUAGGCAAUCUGCCGGCAUUGGUCUACUAUCGCCAUCAGACUCCGAUCAUCUAUGAAGGUGAGCUGCAGCGUGAGGAGGAUGUCUUGGAGUGGUUGGUGCAAAAUAAAUCGACCGGCGAUGAGGACGAUGUUAUCGAGGAUGUCACCACCAAGACGUUAUCGACGCUUAUAAGCAAUAUCGAUAAUUUGGUUGUGCUGUUCUAUGAUCAUGGCAAUGAUGAUUCGAUGACCGUAUUGGAAGAGCUAGAACAAAUCGACGAUGACUGCGAUAAGCAUGGCAUACAGUUUGUGAAAAUCGACGAUGCCAAGGCGGCAGCCGAUUACGGAAUCGAUUCGAUUCCGGCAAUUGUAUACUUUGAAAAAGAAAUUCCAAACGUUUACGAUGGCGAUCUCAUGGAUGAGGAACAGAUACUGAAAUGGUUGUUGGGACAGUUGGAACGUGAUGAAAUCGAGGAUGUCACCGAUGAAAUGCUCGAUACAAUGAUUAAAGAAGGACGCGUAAUUGCAGUGCUGUUCUACGACAACAACGACAAGAAAUCCCAAAAGGUGCUCGAAGAACUUGAGAACAUUGACGACGAAUGCGACGCAUUGGGCAUUACUUUCGUGAAAAUCGAUAAUCCCGAGGAGGCCGUUGAAUAUGGCAUCAAUAAAGUUCCUAAACUGAUAUACUUUGAAAAAGGCAUUCCAACUAUAUACGAAGGCAAUCUGGAGGAUGAGGAGAAGCUAUUAAAAUGGCUCGAAGAACAAACUAGUUCCGAUCAAAUUGAAGACAUUACCGAUGAAAUGUUGGAUUUGAUCAUUGAGAAAAUGCCCCACGUUGCUGUGCUCUUCUAUGACAAAGAUCAAAAGAAAUCACAGAAAGUUCUCGCUGAACUGGAAAACAUUGACGAUGAGUGCGAUCAGAACGAUAUCGCUUUCGUGAAAAUCGAUGACGAUAAGGAAGCCAAAGAAUGGGGUAUCGAUGAAAUACCCUCGAUUGUGCUCUUCGAACGUGGUAUUCCGCACAUCUACGAGGGUGAUCUUAUGAAAGAAGACGAGCUGCUUGGCUGGCUGGUGCAUCAGAAGCGUUAUUCCGAAAUUCCCGAGGUUACCGACGAAAUGAAGGACAAAUUGGUCGAGAACACCGAGCAUUUGGCGGUCAUAUUCUAUGACAAGGAAGACAAACAGGACAUGCGCAUCCUAAACGAACUGGAGAACAUUGACGAUGAGCUCGAAAAGGAGGGCAUUGUCAUUGUGCGCAUCGAUAAUGCCGCCGAGGCCAAGGAAUACGGUCUCGAUCAUUUGCCCGCGCUAAUAUACUUUGAGAACAAGAUACCAGCUCUGUACGAGGGCGAUCUGAUGAACGAGGACGAGGUCCUUGAAUGGCUGGUGGUGCAAAAGAAAACAGCGACCAUUGAGGAGGUCACCGAUGAGAUUCUCGUUAAUCUGAUCAAUGAGCAUGAGUAUGUUGUUGUAUUCUUUACGGGUCCCUGCGAACCGGGCGAGUCCUGUGACCAUACACUGAACGCAUUGGAAAGCAUCGACGAUGAGCUAGACGAGGCUGGCAUUAUAUUUGUUACCACUGAGGAUACGGGCGUCGCUAAAAAAUACAAUGUCAAAUCUUAUCCACGAUUGGUGUUCUUCAGAAAUCGUGAUCCAUUGCACUUUACGGGCGAUUUGGAUGACGAGGACGAGGUCUUGGCUUGGAUCACCGAUGACGAAACCCUCGAGAUUCCCGGAAAAAUCGAGGAGGUCAAUGUGAAAAUGUUGGAUAAAAUUUUGGCAGAAAACGAUCAUGUUGUCGUGUUCUUCUACGCCGAGGGGGAUAAGAAGGCACAGAAGAUCCUCAACGAAUUGGAGAACAUCGACGACGAAUGCGAGGAAAAAGACAUCGACUUUGUAAAGACAUCCGAUGACGAUAUUGAUAAGGAAUACGAUCUGCCCGGUUUGCCGGCGCUUGCAUUUUAUAGACAUAAGUUUAGAACAAUUUACACCGGUGAUCUGAUGAAGGAAGAGGAAAUUCUGGAAUGGGUUAUCGAUUUGCAUGAAUCGACUGCUGAUGUUAUCGAAUCGGUCGAUCGCAAAACGCUGCAAGUGUUGAUCAACGACGUUGAGCAUCUCGCUGUUUUCUUCUACGAUGAUGAGUGCGAGACAUGCCCCGGCAUCUUGGAAGAGUUGGAGAAUAUCGAUGACGAUACCGAUAAGCAUGGCAUACAGUUUGUCAAAUCGAAUGAUGUUAAGCUGGCUCAUGAAAUUGGCAUUUUCGCAUUCCCAGCCUUAGUUUACUACGAAACAGGCGUUCCGAUCAUGUAUGAUGGUAAUUUGGAGAGUAACCAAGAGGUCUUCAAUUGGAUACUGGAGCAGAAGGCCGAUCAAAGCAUUGAGCUUAUUAAUCGAGAACAACUAAUUGAAUAUAUAGGCACGAAAGACUUUUUAGCGGUUGUCUUCUACAAAGAGGAUGAUCCGGACUCUCCGCGCGUCCUGCGACACAUUGAACUUAUCGACGAUGAGGCUGCCGAAUAUGGCAUUUAUAUAGUCAAAAUGCAUGACAAGCUGAUGGCCAAGAAAUAUGGCUAUAGAAAUCCGCCCGGCCUGACCUAUUUCCGCAAAGGCAAAUACAUCAACUACGAUGGCGACAUCGACGACGAGGAGGAGGUGCUCGACUGGCUAACGAGUCCGGCCAAUAUGGAAAUGACCGAUCACAUUGAGCAGGUCAAUCGCAAGAUGUUCGAGAAAAUACGCAAGAAUUCCGACUAUGUGGCGGUCAUAUUCUACAGCGAGGAGUGCAAGCAGUGUCCACGCGUCCUGGCUGAGGUGGAGCACAUCGAUGAUGAUGCGGACAAGGCAGGCAUUGAUUUUGUCAAGAUCGAUGACAAGCAAAUGGCCAAGGAAUACGGCGUCUUCGCGCUGCCCGCCAUCGUCUUCUUUAAGCCCACAUCCAAGGAGCCAGUUAUAUACGCCGGUGAUCUUUAUGAAGAAGAACAGAUCCUAUCUUGGUUGCUUACGCAAAAGGAUCCAAGUGGAGAUGUUAUCGAAGAUCUCGAAGGCGAACGACUCGUUCAGUUAAUCGAAGAGUCUGGCUCCAUAGCUGUGUACUUCUGGAACAAGACCAAGUGCGAUAUUUGCAAUUCGAAAGCCAUGCGCAAGGCGCGCCUGAAAAAGGAGCGCGAACAGCAUCAACAGGAUGGCGGCACCGCCAGUGCAGCGGCCGCCUUUGGCAGCGAUCCUGAGGCAGGUGGUGGCGGCGGCGGUGGUGCUGCUGCUGGUGGCGAAGGCACCGAAGGUGCCGAGGGUGGCGAGGGUGGAGCAACGGAGGCCAGCGCUGGCAAACAAGAAGAUGAUGCCGAUGGCUGUGAGCAGUGCACCAAGGUGCUGGAGGAACUGGAGAAUAUUGACGACGAUUGCGACAAACAUGGCAUCACAUUUGUCAAAACACGCGACUUCUCUGUAGCCGACGGUUAUGGUGUCCACGAGUAUCCGGCUCUGGUCUACUUUGAAGGCGGCAUACCCAAUGUUUUUGAAGGUGAGCUCAGCGAGGAGGAGGAAGUACUUCAGUGGUUAAUCACACAAAAGACGGAGGAUCGCAUUGAGCUAAUCACACGUCAGAUGCUGGAAACCAUGGUCGAGGAAACCCAAUAUCUGGCCGUCUACUUCUACAAAAUCAAUUGCAAUAUCUGUGAUCAGAUAUUGGAGGGUCUGGAGCUGAUUGACGAUGAAUGCGAUGUCUUUGGCAUACACAUGGUCAAAAUACAAGAUCCGCAACUGGCGAAACGUUAUUCUAUCAAGACCUUCCCGGCCUUGGUCUACUUCCGCAAUGGCAAUCCCCUGCUCUUUGAGGGCGAUCUACAGAACGAACAGUCCGUCCUUGAGUGGUUGAUAGACGAUGACAAUCGGGAGCUGGCCGAUGAGAUUGAGGAGGUGAAUGAGCGCAUGUUGGAUCGCCUCAUGGCCGAGUCUACUUUGCUGGUCGUAUUCUUCUACGACGAUGAUUGUGCCGAGUGCGAGGAGAUACUUGAGGAGCUCGAGGAAAUUGAUGGCGAGGCUGACAUGUUUGGCAUUGAUUUUGUUAAGAUUGCCAGCGUGGAGGCGGCCAAAAAGUAUGAAGUUGUCAAUAUACCCUCGCUGGUGUAUUUCCGAAAACAAGUGCCUGUGCUUUAUGAUGGCGAUAUGCAUCAGCAUGACAAGGUUAUUACCUGGCUAACAUCACAGGAUGUAUUCGAAAUUAAAAACGAAAUCGAAGAGGUUAAUCGUAAAAUGCUGGACAAGCUGCUCGAGGAAAACGAAUUUAUAUCUGUGUUCUUUUAUGAGCACAAUCAGCCGGACAGCAUUGCGUCUUUGGAGAAACUGGAGAACAUUGACAGCGAAACGGAUAAUCUGGACAUAACAUUUGUUAAAAUGGCCGAUUCGCGUUAUGCCAAAAAAUGGGGCGUUACCAAGCUGCCAGCCAUGGUCUAUUUCCGGCGCCGUUUUCCCAGCAUAUACAGAGGCGAUUUGCUCUCGGAGGAUGAGGUGCUCGAAUGGCUGCGCAAGAAUCGCUUCCGCCAGCCGGAACUGAACAUAUUCAUGUACGCCCUGAUAGCCCUGGCGCUGGCGUUCGUCAUCUAUACCGCCUUCUUGCUGCAGUGCUUCAAGCCCGCCCCACCGCCCCCAGUACAGCAUCCGAAGCAGUCGUGAUGUGGCCCAAUUCCGUGGGUCAACUGUGGAUGCUGUUGGCAAAAUUUUAUUGAAGAACAUACGAUAUUGCAACUACUACAAGGGCGUGCCUGCGUGUAGAGAACGAGAGGGAGAGUCAGGGGGAGAGUGAGGAAAAGAGUGAGAGGAAGAGGAAGAGAGCAAAUGAAAAACUUAAAUAGAAAAACGAAGCGAAACACACAAGCCACUACACACACACACGCACGCACAACACACACACACACACACACAUCCAAUCAUCAUCAUGAAGCAUUACAUUAAAUAACGAACUAUCAUCAUGGAAUCGUCUAAAUUAGACGACUUUAAGAAAUGACUUUAUAACGACAGUGCCGAAUAUGCUGCUCCCAAGUAUUGUGCGACAGACAGAGACACAGAGAGAGAGAGGAAGAGAGAGAGAGAGAGUCCCUGGUGACAGAACAUUGCAAAUAUUACAUACUAUAUCAUUUGAAUGAUAAUAAUGACAACAACUACAACAACAACAAC